CGCCCAGCGAAAACGCCUAGUUUUCAUGCUUAAGACUGGUAUGCAGUCGAAAUGUGAUUAAAGAAGGGAUGUGAAUUAGCAGAAAAAGCCGUUUAGCCUUGGUUUUUGCUCAACAGUGUCAAAAGUGCGUCAGAAAUCCGUCGCGGAAAAUAAUCGAGCUGUGCAGUAGACCACGUGGCUGUGGCAGCCGAAAGAUCUGUAGGUAGUAUAUAAGUUGGAACCAGCCGGAUCGCACAAAUAUACCAUAUAGCUCCCAUUAAGAAAAUCAAUUGAUUUGGGAGAAAAAGUUGUGAACGUGUAAAUUUGGAACAUUUCAUCUGUUGCGGACGCAGAGGAUAUACGAGGUGUGUUCAAAAAAAUUUUAAUCGCCAGGAAAACGAAAUCGCAGCUUAUAUCGCCAUAAAAUGGGAUGGGACUGGGACUGGGCCGUUGGAGGCAUAUCCGAUGAUAUUCCGAGGACUACAGGGCCAGAAUGUAUCAAUUACAUGACAGACAGACGGCGCUGGUUGGAGACGGUACUGUUAUCCGCCCUUUUCAUCUUUAUAAUGCACCGCUCUUGGCAACGUCUGGCGCCAAUUAAGCUGCCACCACCCAUUGAAAUUCAGAAACCACACAGUCCGACGAGGCUUUUCCUCCUUAUCGCAUUGUCCGUGAUUUUCGGCAUUGAAAUGGGCUUCAAACUCUCCGGGCAGUCAAUGAUAUUCGCCCUGAAUCCAUGCCACGUGCAAUCGUGUCUGCAGAUCUUUCUUCUGGCCGCUAAACCCACGAAGACUACGACAGCACUUUUUCGGAUCCAGAUGAGUAACCUUAACGGUCCUUUUUUGGCCUUUCUUUUCCCCGAGAUUGAGGGUCGCACAUAUCCCUUUGAGCAGGCCACAUAUUGGAUCCAGCACGCACUCCUCUAUAUUAUUCCUAUUUAUAUUAUUCGGAGCGGCGCGUACACUGUCGAAGACCUUAGCGAAUUUCACUGGUCUCACAUUGGUACAGCCUUCAUGCUAUUUUACCACUUUGUACUUCUAUCCCCGCUAUCUAUUUUCACUGGCAUCAAUCUGGACCACAUGCUGUGUGCAGCGAUGUCGGAUCCUUUUCAGGGUCCCAACUACCGCCUCUUCGCCUGUUGCCACCAGACCUUGCUGUGUCCCCUGCUCAGCAAAGGAACGGUGCUGCUAUUUUGCCGCCGGUGCAGUACCAGCCUGAAGAGAUCGGGUGACUUACCGGAGGUGAGGAGCGAGGCGGAUCAGUACACGUUGACUCCAGCCGACUACGCAACGCAAGUGGACGUGACCAUGCGGCAUCGAUUUAGCAACCAGGAGGCGGCAGACGAAGGUCAUCCGCAUAAGGCCGGCGACUUGUCCUCCCUAGCGGAGUACGCUAUGCCGACGACCAAGAUCGACUAGCAGAGUAACGUCCAUGGGACCGAUAAUUGUCUACUGCUUCUAUUAUGCCCGUCAAUUUACGCACCGCGUAGGGCACCUUCGGUCCACAUUUUAACGCUAGACGCGUAACCGAAUUAUACUGAAAUACGAAGGAUUUCAUGAGAGAACUGUGAACAAAGACGUGUUGAACAAAGACGUGUAGAUAAUAACAACUAAGGCUAAUUUUUGUGCUCAUCGAGGUUAUACUUCUAAAAAAAAGAAAAAAAUAAACAUCAAUAGAAAUUUA